UCAAGUUAGUGUGAAGUUGCGAAAAGUUGUCAACCCGAGAAAAGCGCAGAGAAACUCCUCCCGUCUUCAAAUUAUGAGCAAUCAGCAGCAGGGUGAAAUGGCCGCUGUGGGGAGCGGUGGAGGCUUCAGUCAAAAGCGAAACACAAACUCUCAAGACUCACAGCAGCCGUCUCCGCUGGCCUUGUUGGCAGCCACAUGCAGUCGAAUUGACACCCCAGGAGAGAACGAUUCGCCCAACGACCACCAACAACAACAAAACCAGCAGCAACAGCUGGACCUCAACCAGGGUGUUUUCACCUCCAGUGCCAACGGCUGGCAGGUUGUCCCUCUCAGUGUGCAAACAUCCUCAGGCACCAACACGGUCACCGACACUCAAGUAGUGAUGACAGAUUGCAAGAGCAGACAGGUGCUGUCACAAUCAGUGGCUGCUGUAUGCACUCAGGGACAGCAGCAGCAGCAGCCACAGCAAUAUGUACUUGCUCAGGCUCCAUCAAUGCAGGGUCAGCAGUUGCUCACCACCUUAUCUGGUGUGAUGCCCAACAUCCAGUACCAAGUGAUUCCCCAGUUUCAGACUGCAGAUGGCCAGGCCCUGCAGUUUGCACAUGCUCAGCAGGACUCUGGAGUAUCUGCAGGUGGACAUGGGCAACAGUUUCAGAUAGUGUCCUCUCCAAAUGGCCAGCAGAUCAUAACCACAUCCAACAGAGUUGGAGCAGGAGGAAACAUCAUAACAAUGCCCGGUCUCCUACAGGGAGCCAUCCCCAUACAAAAUAUUAGCUUAGGUAAUGGCGUGUUACAAAACCAGCCCCAGUUUCUGGCAAAUAUGCCUGUGUCACUGAAUGGAAACAUCACUUUGUUGCCUGUCAGUACUGGAGCAAGUGCAGGGGGGGAUGCUAAUGGUGGAGGGGAUACAGGGGGAGGCCAGCUUGUACAACAGCAGUCACAACAGCCCGUGUCUACCAACAGUGGUGUAAGUUACAUGACAAGUGCGACUACUGUCAACGCACAGACCUCGUCUUAUGGAAUGACUCAAACGCACAACAGCAAUGGAGUCGUGACGGGGACGUACCAGCAUAACACAGCAUCUCUGGGUGUGCCGAUACAACCGGACAACAGAGAUGGGCAGCAGCCACAGCAGAUCCUUCUCCAGCCUCAGCAUGUUCUCCAAGGUGGAACUCAACUCCAGACCAUCCAGGCUGGUGCUCUCACAACAGCAGGCGGUCAGGUAUUUGCUGCUCCGACGCUCAGCCAGGAAGGGCUUCAAAAUCUUCAAAUUAUGCCAAACACAGGCCCCAUCCUCCUGCGCACCGUGGGCCCAAACGGCCAGGUGAGCUGGCAGACCAUUCAGAUCCAGAGUCCAGCCGGAGCACAGAUCACACUGGCCCCAAUGCAGUCUCUCCCUCAGCUCGGUCACACUCAGGGAUCUGGUGGAGCUGGAGGGGUGUCCGUCAACACAGUGCAGAUCCCAGGCAUCCAGACCAUAAAUCUAAACACACUCGGAGGCUCUGGGCUGCAGAUGCACCAGCUGCAGGGUGUUCCCAUCACCAUCGCCAGCUCAGCAGGAGAUCAGGCGUUGCAGGCGGGCGGAGACAGUUUGGAUGAUAGCACAGCUAUGGAUGAUGAGGAUAUAAGCCCUCAACCUCAAGGACGACGUAACAGAAGGGAAGCCUGUACCUGCCCCUUCUGCAAGGACGGGGAAGGAAGCAGGGACCCAACUAAAAAGAAACAGCACAUUUGUCACAUCGGUGGCUGCGGGAAGAUCUACGGCAAGACGUCCCACCUGAGGGCCCACCUCCGCUGGCACACAGGAGAACGACCAUUCGUCUGCGGCUGGUCGUUCUGCGGAAAACGAUUCACACGUUCAGAUGAGCUUCAGCGUCACAAGAGAACACACACAGGUGAGAAAAAGUUUAUUUGCUCGGAGUGUCCCAAACGCUUCAUGCGCAGCGAUCACCUCUCAAAGCACAUCAAGACCCAUUUGAACAAGAAGGCAGUUGUCGCCACCACCAGCAACUCCUCGCUGUCAGCAGACGCCGGUUCCCCUGCGGCGGGAACAGAAGCCGGCUCCGGAGCAGUGUCGGCAAACGACCAGCACACCAUUGUCACCAUGGAAACCUUAUCUGCAGAGAGCAUAGCUCGAUUGGCCAGCAGCGGAAUCAACAUGAUGCAGGUGGACCUCCACCAGAUCAAUGGCAACAGCUUCUAAUGGCGGUGGAGGAGCCGGACGAUGGCCUCGAAGAUGAUGCUAACAGACACUUGGGGUUGAAAAGGGCACAUCUGACUGUUCAUGCAAAUCCUUUCAAAGGCUUCUGAUGCAACACAACAGACACUAUUUAAAAACUGGGGCAGGAACGUGUUUCCAUCAUGUGGUUAGAAACCAGUCGCAUUUAAGAGUCAGAGGUGGAUGAGAUGAGUUGAAAUGGUUCAAAGAGCCAAUCCAACUCGAUCGUGGGAUUGGAACAAAACAACACAGACAGCACAUUUGAUGUUGAAUUGGUAGCAAGUAGUAUUCUCUCUCUCUACAAGCUUCUUCAGGAGAGAUGACACUACUAAGCCACAUUCUCACACUUGUGUCCUGGGCUGUGAGAUUCACCACAGGUCUGUACUCUCAAAUUGCAGAUCGGCCCUCAUCAGCCCAUAACGCUUAAUGCUUCCCUUCCCCUUAAAACAGAUUUUAAUGAUCUGCAGCAAGGAAUAUUUGCUUGUCAGAUUUCAUUUUUUUUGGGGGGAGAGCUGGAUGUGUUUGCAAACCAGCCACCCCAGUACCAUAGGAAUAAUACGCCCAGUGUUUUAGGGUGGAUGUUGAGUAGAAGGUGGGAACACUUGGUCACGACCAGGUCAGAGCCAAAAGAAGGUGGAUGUGUCAGUGCAAAGAAAUCCUGAGUAACUCUUAAACCUCUUGUGUAGGUACACAAAUUUAAGCCAUCAUGCCCUGAUAUGUUUAUCAUGGCAAAAACAUUUGGAUUUUUUUUUUUUAUGUGUACAUAUAUAUAAAUAUAUAAUUUUUCUUUUGUUUUUGGUAAAGGCUGCAAAACUCAAUAGCAUAGGUUGGAUCAUCUUACAUGAUUGCAAGAGAAUGCCUUUCAGUUGUAUGAACCUCAUGCACAAUCAAUCUUAAUCUUAUGUUAUUACUUUUAUAUAUAUAUAUAUUUGUGUAGAUGAAAUGUGUUAACUUGAGAGCCUUUCUGUCAUAGAAUGAUGUGUUCUAUACAGUCCAGAUCUUCCUAGUACUUCUCUUUUUUUCUGUGGUCUACUCAUCCUCCGCGACAUGUCUGUUUUCUGUUUCUGUGAAUAACCAUUUAUUGUUUAGGGAUUUCUGGUCAUAGUUAAGUAUUUUGUAGUCAUGUCCAGACAGCAUAAACAUUGUUAAGCUCAAAACCAAAGGUUCAUAUGCGUUUUAUAAAAAUGAAAAACUAGGAAAUCUUUCUUUAGUCCGCAAACACUCUAAUAAUUUUUACUUGUGGUAUGCAUGUUGAAGUUGUGGAACUGGAAAAGGUCCAGCUUGAGGCAAACCUCGGACACACAUCCCUUUUGUUGUUGUUCAAAUAAAUAAGUUGCAAAAUA